CCUUAUCACAUUUCGUCUUCACCAUUAGCAAACAGUGUAACCAAUUUUCCCGCGUUUUCCAGUUUCCACCGCUGUGAGCGAGAAAGAGAGAGAGAGAUCACCGAUUCUGCUUCCAAUGGAAGGUCAAGCGCUUACGGCUCCGCUUCCUCAGAAAGAUCCCGAUAGCAGCAGCAGCAACGUGAAGUCUCGCGCCAUGGAGAAAGAGAACGGCGCCAAGAAUCUCUCCGCCACCGCCGCCGUUCCAGUGUCAGAGAUUCUCGGCGACUCCACCAUCGCCAUUGACGCCGUCGCUUCGGCUACUGCUGGUGUUGCUGAAGGAACACAGAAGAAGGCGAGGAAGAAGAGGACGUCGCGGCAACUCAUCAAGGUCUCCAACACCAAGAAUCCCUUCAUCUUCUACCUCAACCUCGCCAAGAGGCACAUCAAGCAGUACAACUCUGUCGAGCUCUCUGCUCUUGGAAUGGCUAUUCCCACCGUGGUCACUAUCGCUCAGAAUCUGAAGCGCAAUGGACUGGCAGUUGAGAAGAGUAUCAAGAUCUCCAGCGUUGAAUCCAAGGACACUCAGACUGGCCGAUUGGUUCAGAAGGCAAAGAUUGAGAUACUGCUGGAGAAGGCGGCUGAGAAACCUGAUGAGACCUCCGCAAACUCUUCUUUUGCUGCUACUGUCCCUGAGGCUGCUACCUUGCUCACCGUCUUGACCAUCUGACUGCAACCCUGCCAGUAAUAUGAGACUUCUUGUUGUUAAUUCUCAGUCUCCUGUUUUGUACAUGGAUAGUUGAAGCUCUGCUGUAUUGGUUGGUUCUAGUGUCCAUUUACAUUUUCUGCCAUUGCCGAGGAAGAACUUGUAACAGAGGUGGUAGUCUUGGCCUCUUUGCUGGCAGAUGUUCUCCUUGUGUUUCGUACAUUUCGUGUAUUUUGCAAUUGUCCAGGCCUAAUGGACUAGAGAGUACAUCUCACUCACAUGUACUUGAAUUGUGAAUAGACAACAGUUCAUUUC